AUGAGUUCGUACUAUGAUAUCGACGCGAUCCUCACGGACGCGCAGAAAGUGCCCUGCACGUUCGAGCUUACCGUGCCCGGUCUGGGUUACCUUGACGGAAAUGCCGGUCAGGAUAUGAAGCAAGGUACCAAGGUUGAGUUACCCUUGUGGUUAGCAGAGAUGUUAGCUGUUAGUGCACCUGCGGCAAAUACGAGCAUGGCGACACUCGACCUCCCCGCCGCCCUUUCUGCGCGCGUGAUGAAUGCCCUAAAGGCGGAUCCGCGGACUGUGGAUCUGAGAGCUCUUGCACCUCACUUCUAUGCUCUAGGUGCCCGCAUGCUCGAGCUCUUCGAAGAGGAAGAGAUGGGCGAGAUCCUUGCGGAGACUUUCAAGGCACGAGCAAAAGUGAUCGCUGACCAAGCUCACAAUCCCCGGGGAGCACUAGGAGAGGGUGCAGACUUUCUGAGGGGGCUGGACGAGAACGAGAGGCGGUUGUUCCGUGCUGCUCAUGACAGUGCAAAGGCUGUGCGCGCCUGGAUUGCUGAGAAUAAGAAGAGAUGA